UUCAGGUCCCAUUCCCCAAGAGAUAGGAAAUUUGAAGCAUCUCAUUGAUUUAGCAUUGUCUAUUAAUAACCUCAGUGGUUUUAUCCCUGCCUCCUUAGGUAAUCUAAGUAGCCUAACCACUCUCUCCCUUUUCAAAAAUCAACUUUCAGGUCCCAUUCCCCAAGAGAUAGGAAAUUUGAAGCAUCUCAUUGAUUUAGCAUUGUCUAUUAAUAACCUCAGUGGCUCCAUCCCCGCAUCUUUAGGUAAUCUAAGUAGCCUAACCACUCUCUACCUUAAUGAAAAUCUACUUUCAGGUCCCAUUCCUCAAGAGAUAGGCAAUUUGACAAAGUUGGAAGAUUUACAAUUAUGUGACAACAAUUUAUUUGGUUAUUUGCCACCAGAAAUAUGCAUGAAUGGAUCACUUCAAAAUUUUUCUGCAUGUAACAAUCAUUUCAUUGGCCCCAUUCCAAAAAGCUUUAAAAACUGCACAAGAUUGUUUAGAGUGCGACUUGAAAACAACCAACUAAUUGGAAGCAUGUCUGAAGAUUUUGGUGUCUAUCCAAAUUUGAAUUACAUAGAUUUGAGCCAUAACAGGUUUCAUGGUGAUCUCUCAAAAAGUUGGGUUGAGUGUCAAAAUUUAACAAGUUUAAAAUUGUCGGGGAAUAUGAUUGCUGGAAAAAUACCACCUGAGUUUGGGAAGAUACCUAAACUACAACAACUUGACCUUUCUUCAAAUAAUCUAGAGGGUGAGAUUCCAAAGGAAUUGGGAAUGAGGACUGGUUUAUUUGUAUUGAAAUUGAGUGACAACAAACUUUCUGGUCAAUUGCCCUCAGAAUUUGGAAGGUUGUCUAACCUAGAAACUCUGGACCUGUCAACAAACUAUUUGAGUGGUCCAAUACCGAAAGAAAUAGGGGAUUGUGUCAAAUUGUUAUACUUGAAUCUGCGUGGAAACAAAUUUGAUGGAAGCAUUCCCUUUGAAAUUGGCAAUUUGGUUUUCUUGCAACGUUUAUUGGACCUCAGUGAUAAUAAACUCAGUAGGAAGAUCCCCUACCAACUUGGGAAACUGCACAGCUUGGAAAGUUUAAAUCUUUCUCACAAUACUCUCUCUGGUUCCAUUCCUUCCUCAUUUAGUGAUUUGAUCAGUUUGGAAUCCAUUGAUAUAUCAUUCAAUGAGUUGGAAGGUCCCCUGCCUAACAAUAGAGCCUUUCAAGAUGCUCCAUUAGAAGCACUAAGGAAUAACAAAGCAUUGUGUGGCAAUGCAAGUGGCCUACAACCAUGUGCGAAAUCUAUAGAAAGGAAAUCUGAAAUGGGAAACAAAGUGUGGAUCAUUAGCAUACUCUCUGUUUUAGGUAUGAUACUUCUUCUGUUGGCAUUUCUUGGAAUUAUUUCUAGUUUUCAUCAUCAGAAGCAGAGAAAUAUUGGGGAUCAAAACAAAGAAACUACAGACAGUGAGGAUCUAUUUCAGAUAUGGAAUCAUGAUGGAAGAAUGGUUUUCCGUGAUAUCAUUGAGGCAAUAGAAGACUUUGAUGAAAAAUAUUGUAUUGGUAUCGGAGGAUACGGAAGGGUGUUUAGAGCAGAGUUGCGAACUGGUCAGGUGGUAGCCAUCAAGAAGCUUCAUCAAGCUUUAAAUGAAGAUGAAGAUAAAGAUGAAGAUGGAAUGGUUGAUCUAAAAUCUUUCGAAAAUGAGAUUCAGGCAUUAACAGAAAUCCGACACCGCAAUAUUGUGAAACUCUACGGUUUCUGUUCACAUGCUCGAUAUUCAUUUUUGGUUUAUGAAUAUUUAGAGAGAGGGUGCUUGGCGAAGAUGUUAAGUAAUUUGGAGAAAGCAGUGGAACUCGAUUGGAGUAAGAGGUUGAAUGUAAUUAAAGGUAUUGCUGGCGCUUUGUCUUACAUGCACCAUGAUUGCAUACCACCAAUUGUGCAUCGGGAUUUAUCAAGUAACAAUAUUUUGUUAAAUCGGGAAUAUGAAGCACAUAUCUCUGAUUUUGGCACCGCUAGACUUCUCAAGCCUGAUUCAUCCAACUGGACUUCACUUGCUGGGACUUAUGGAUAUAUGGCUCCAGAGCUUGCUUAUUCAAGUAAGGCGACUGAAAAAUGUGAUGUGUAUAGCUUUGGGGUGCUAACACUAGAGGUGAUAAUGGGAAGGCAUCCAACAGAACUUAUUGCUUACAUAUUGGAAUCAUCACCAUCAUCUUCUUCUUCAAAAGCUAUUUUAUUGAAAGAUAUCUUGGAUCAACGGCUCUCAUUUCCCAUGCUGCCUCAAGUUGCAGAGGAAGUGCUCUAUGUUGUUAAGUUAGCAUUGGCAUGCUUAAAUGUUAAUCCACMAUCUCGACCUACCAUGCAACGUAUAUCUCAUGAGCUUAUGACCUGCAAGGCAUCAUCUGCAGAUCGGUUUCAAGAAAUUACAUUAAUUGGACCAACUGUUGAUGAAUUCUGAGAUAGCAUUGGCAUGAUUUGGUUGAUAAUUACAUUACUGGUGCAUGAUGAGAUGGCAUAUUUCUUUAUCCUCUUCGUUCAUCACCAUCUUCAUCAAUUGGGUAGAGAGCAUAGCAUACCAUACGAUUGAAGGAUAUAUUGGACAAUUGUCUCUCUUUCCUGUUGUUUCAACCAUGCUACAUGUGUUUUUGUUUAGGGGGCCACCAUUCCCAGGAAUUUAACAAAAUUUCUUCGUGAAGAGCUUUUGAGUUUGGUUGUUCCUUCAUAGACUAAGACAAGUUGAUUCUGUGUUUUGUUGUAAUGCUUUUAUUUUUGUUGGGCGGGUUUCAGUUGGUGAGAAAGAGCAAGCUUUGUAAGCUUUGGGUUUGAGGCAAGGCCGACUGAGUCGACCCUUGUGUUAGAUGAUUUUCCUUUUGAUUAUUGUUAAUGAAGUCUGAAGGUGGCCACCUUCCAACUAGAGUAAUG